UUGUAGUUCAGUUGUUUACUUUCUGACAAAUUAAGUUUUACAAACAAAUUUUCACCCCAUCUAACUUAUAAAAAUUGAAUGUUUCCUAUUUCAAACUGAGUUCUUGUAAAAAAAAGUCAAUCACAACUACGAAUUAACCUCAAUGUGUGUUGAAAAACAUAAUUAUACUUUACACAAGUAAGUUUAGUAGUUGAUCAUGCCGAAAUAUUACUGUGAUUACUGCGACACAUACUUGACACACGAUUCGCCCAGUGUGAGAAAAACUCACUGUCAAGGGCGUAAACACAAGGAUAAUGUCAAAUAUUUUUAUCAAAAAUGGAUGGAGGAGCAGGCACAACAUCUUAUCGAUGCUACAACAGCAGCCUUCAAAGCUGGAAAAAUUUCAUCUAAUCCAUUUGCUCCAAAUAAAGGUGCUGCCAUACCACCGCCACCAAGUCUAGCUGGCCAAACUGGUGUACCACCUCCCAACCAAAGGCCACCUGGAAUGCCAGGAAUGAUGCCUCCUCCAGGAAUGCAUCCUGGGUCAAUGAUGAUGGGACCACACGGACCAAUGCCUCCUCCUCCAAUGAUGGGUAUGCGGCCACCCAUGAUGGGCCCAAUGAAUCCAAUGGGUCAUAUGAUGGGACCAAUGGGACCUUUAGGUUCUAUGAGACCACCAGGGCCUCCACCUCCAGGUAUGGCCCCUCAACAAAUGAAAAAAUAAUUGUCCGCAAAAAAAUUUUAAACUUUCAA